ACACCGAGAAACGCUAGAAAGAACCACUCACCCACAACUUGAAUCAAAAUAAUCAAAUCAAAUCCUAAACUAAACCUCUUCUUCAUUGACCGACCCCUCUCACUCUCCUUUAGCACACAACACAACACAACACAACAUAACAUAACAACCAUGAUGUGGGAAUGGGGAGAUGAACAACAACAACAACAACAACAACAAUUUCACGACAACAACACUUCCCAGAAACCCGACCAAAUCCCCGACCCAAAUUUCUAUCUCAAUUUCGAUUUCUUCUCCGCUCUCUCCAAACCCAAGGAUUAUUACAAGAUAUUGGAAGUGGAUUAUGAUGCAACCGAUGAUACUAUUCGCUCUAAUUACAUUCGUCUUGCUUUGAAAUGGCACCCGGAUAAACAGAAAGACCACGAUUCUGCCACGUCACGAUUUCAAGAUAUAAACGAGGCUUAUCAGGUUUUGAGUGAUCCAGACAAAAGGAGGGAGUACGACAUAAACGGGAUGCGUUACAUAUAUGAUUACAAUAUCAUUGAUUAUCUUAACCGUUACAAGGGCCUUAUAUUAACUUGCAAUGGCCUUGGCUUAAAGCAUUCGAUAUGGUAAAGCAAAUCAGAAUCAUGGAAAUCCAUUCAGUGUCUCUAGGACAGUUUUUUGAAGUACCUGGCACUGCAUGCCAUGCUCAGUAAUGAAAAUUGAUGCUUAAAUUGUCCUAGAGAUCCAGCUUCAUGAUUUAUGUAUAAAAGAAACAUAGAGAAAAUGGGAUUUCUAGGUCUUGUAAACGUCAAAUGUUAUGUCACACUCUCUGCUUGCUUUCAUAAUAUGUGUUUAUAUAUCUAUCGCCUUUCUGUUUAUCUGUUAAUGAAAAUUUGGUUCACUAUUCUUAUGUUGCCUGAAAUGCUGAGAUUGCAAUUUGCAACCUGAGGACAAUUAACAAAUGCUGAUGAUGAGAAAGAUGAUCUCAGAAGACGGGUAAAACAAGGUACUGUUUGUAUCUCCUUUGUAGUUAGUUUUCAUGUCUUUGGUAAUCCAUGAUGCAAUAAUUUCUUUUAUGGA